AUGAGCCAUGGACGUGAUUCCUUUGAUGUGUGUAUGGUGGCACGUGAAAUUACACCGAGUGCGGUCGGCCGUGAGAGCACCGCACUGAAUGUCGGUAAUGACAUUUUUGACCAUAUGCCAUUUAGUGUGGGCGGCCGUGAGGGCACCACGCUUAACGCCGGUAAUGGCGUUGUUGGCGAUACGCCGUAUAGUGUGGGCGGCCGUGAGGGCACCACACCUAAUGUCAGUAAUGACACUGUUGGCGAUACGCUGUAUAGUGUGGACGGCCGUGAGGGCACCACACCUAAUGUCGGUCAAGACAAAAGCUCUCGUGUAGAGCGUACUAUGGUUGGUAGUAACCAUGGGGACAAUAUUGUCCCGACCCUAAGGGGUGUAAGGUCUCGAAGAGACGAUCGAGACGCCGGGUAG